AAAAUCGACCAAUCAGAGACGAGAAACGUGUUUAUUUUCGUGACGGACCGAUAGCGGAAGAAACGAAACCGGUUGAUAUAAGUUGGAACGUUCUUUCGCACGGAAGAAUUCCUUCACAAAUCCGGCACUAUACUUAACGGGCUUCAUUCUUAAAGCCACAUACGCCUCAUUAGGUUUGUGUUCUUGGGAGUUUUGUAAUAGUGAACCACGGUAAGCGAUGCAUUCCGAUCUGCACCGUUAUCUGAUCGUGGCCGCCGGGCUAACGAUCGCUCUAGCACCAGCCCUGACCAGCGGCCAGAUGGGCGACAUUGCACGGCCGAUCGAAAGCAAGGAGCUCAAGUGUCUCGUGUGCAAGGCAUCGAUGGCGGAAAUGGAGCUGGCCGCGUCGAAGGUCGACCCGAACAAGAAGGUGGAGGUGGGCGAUUACCGGCUCGAUACGACGGGCGAAUCGAAAAAGAAGAAAAAGAUCCUGUACGCCAAAUCGGAAAUGUACCUGACGGAGAUGAUGGAGACGGUAUGCGACCGGAUGGACGAUUACGCGAAGGCACGCUACAAGAAGAAUGGCCGUGCGGUGGUGAUGAAGAUGAUGACCGACGGUGGCAUGAAUCCGGACAUGGCGAAUGUAAACUUUGUGCAGGAGGGCGAUCUGAACAAAACGCUCAAGCACCUGUGCUUGGAGAUAGUGGAGAACUACGACGAGGACAUUAUCCGCAUGUUCCAGGAGGAGGUGGUAAAGGAUACGGACAUUCGGUUAUGCUCGCAGGUGGCCAAAUACUGUAAGGAUCAACCGCUCGACGAUGAGUACGAGUACGAGGAAAGCGAAGAGAGCCGGGAUGAGCUUUAAAUAGGUGAAAAACGAUCAUGCACGAUCGCAGAAGUACGUCCAAGAGAGCAUGUGUCAAAGGUAGUUUACACGUGCGUUAUCUACAAAACAAGAGAAACGGGAACACCUCUUAAUGCAAGGCGUUAAGGUUCUGUUACCCCUUACGGGACCCUGUUGGUUGAUCGAUUGUGUCGAACAGUUUGGGUAGGGGAAGCAUAGGAUUAUUGUUGAGUAGCAUGUAGCUCAGGAAGCAUUCAGUUUCAGUAAGACAGAAGUGAGUGAAAAUAAAACCAAUUUUGUACGUUUUGUAUCAAAUUUCGA